AGCGGCUGCGGUGGCAGAUCAGGAUCGGGUCAGUAAAAGGAGAACAGAGAGAAGCAUCUCACCCACGGGAGCCAUGACUUCCUACAGCUACGACCCGUACUUUUCCACCUCGUACAAGAGGCGCUAUGUGGAGAGCAGCCCCCGAGUUGUCCUGCGGAGCGGGGCCCGCUCCGUCUACUCCACCCACUCGGCCCCUCUGUCCUCCGGCCUGUCCCGCGUCAGCUACUCCAGCUACGGCCGCGGCUUGUCCUCCACCUCCUCCCCGCUGCUGUCCGUGGCCGCGGCAGAGCUGGACCUGAGCCAGGCCGCGCAGGUGAGCUCCGAGUUCAAGUCAGUGCGCACCCAAGAAAAGGCCCAGCUCCAGGACCUGAACGACCGCUUCGCCAGCUUCAUCGAGCGGGUCCACGAGCUGGAGCAGCAGAACAAGGUGCUGGAGGCUGAGCUCCUGGUGCUCCGGCAGAGGCACGGCGAGCCCUCCCGCCUCAAGGCGCUCUACGAGCAGGAGGUGCGCGAGUUGCGCAUGGCCGUGGAGGAGGCACGUGGCGAGAAGCAGGCCGCCCAGAUCAACAAGGACCAGCUGGAGGACGCCCUGCGAGGCCUGCAGGCCCGCUACGAGGAGGAGGUGGAGGGCCGGGAGGAGGCGGAGGGCCGGCUGAUGGAGGCCAGGAAGGGGGCGGACGAGGCGGCUCUGGCCCGGGCUGAGCUGGAGAAGAAGGUGGAGGCGCUGCUGGACGAGCUGGCCUUCCUGAAGAGGGUCCACGAGGGCGAGAUCUCCGAGCUGCAGUCGCAGGUGCAGUACAGCACCCAGCUGUCCGUGGAGAUGGAGGUGGCCAAGCCGGACCUGUCGUCGGCUCUGCGGGACAUCCGCGGGCAGUACGAGAAGCUGGCGCACCAGAACAUGCAGGCGGCCGACGAGUGGUUCCGCAGCAAGGUGAGCGUGAUGACGGAGAGCGCAGCUCACCACAGCGACACCAUGAGGAACACCAAGGACGAGGCCACAGAGUACCGCCGCCUGCUCAAAGCCCGGAGCCUGGAGAUCGACGCCUCGCGUGGCAUGAACGACUCCCUGGAGAGGCAGCUACAGGACAUGGAAAACAAACAGAGCGCUGAGAUCGCCGCCAUGCAGGAAGCAAUCAACCAGCUGGAGAAUGAGCUAGGAGCCACCAAGAAUGAAAUGGCCCGUUACCUGAAAGAGUAUCAGGACCUGCUCAAUGUUAAGAUGGCCUUGGACAUAGAAAUUGCUGCUUACAGAAAGCUGCUGGAAGGGGAGGAAUCACGCUUCAGUGCGGGAGGUGCCAUGUCCAGCGUCUUCUCCUCGGGUGUGUCAGCCGCCCCUGCUUUCGGCCGCUCCAUGUUCUCUCUGCAGUCCAGCUUGACCUCUGGUGCCCCCUACCUGCUCAGCUCCCGCCUGCUCAGCUCCUCCUUCUCCUCUGCCGAUGAGAUCAUUGCUGUCAGCCAAGCACAGCGAGCAGAGUCCAGCCCACCCCACGAAGAGGAAGAGGAGGAGGAGGAGGAAGAGGUAGAAGAGGAGGAGAAGGGAGAGGAAGAAGACGCACAAGAGGGAGAAGAAGGUGGAGAUGCAGAUGAAGAAAAGGGAGGUGAAGAGGAAGAGGCAAAGGAAGAAGGAGAGGAGGAGGAAGGAGGAGAAGAAGAAGAGGAAAAGGAUGAAGGAGAGGAGGAAGAGGGAGGAGAAAAAGAAGAGGGUGCAGAGGGAGGAGAUGGAGAUGAAAAGGUAGAAACCGAAGGUGGAGAGGAUGAGGAAGAAGGGAAAGAUGAGGAAGAAAAGGAGGGAGGAGAGAGCACAAAGGAAGAUGAUAAGGAAGAAAAAGAAAAGCCAAAGGAGAAAAAGAAGGAUUGAGACAAAACCAUAGCCACUCGACAAUAUGAAUGAAAUCUGGGACAGAAUAACUAGUAUAAACAACCUUCAAAAGUGUGCUAAUUAUCAAGGUGCUCUAUGCAAAAAAUAAUAAAUUCUGUCCAUCACAUGGGAAAAAACUACACAUCAAAAUAAACGCGAAUGUGAUUACUUGCAAACAUGCUGAACUGCUACAAAUUAUGGGUGCAGGAGUGAAUAAGCGAAUAUGCAUGGUCAUGUAUUUAUUUAAAUGUGAGCUUGUGAGCGAGUUUGUGAGAGGGAGUGCCAAUUUUGUGAUGUGUAUGAAUUUGAGCUUCAUGUCAACCUUUAACUUGUCAGUAUGUUCUACUGUACCAGAUGUUCACUCACUGUGUCACCACAACUUGCCUAUUAAAAAACUGACAAGUGAGAAUGAUUGAGAUUUCAAUCAAAUUGCCUUAGUCAAAAUGCCUCAACUAAGUAUCUAUGAUCUACUGUUGGAAAAAAAAAAAACAGAAAUAAAGAUUGAAAACCUG